UGCAGUGCAGAGUAAAUGCGCUUUGGGCGAUCCUGAACGCAAACAACAGAUUCACUCGUUCUGCCUCAACACCAACCUCGCCUUCACUUCCACAUACUCAGGCAUUUCGACUCCUAUCUAACGAGCUGCAUCAGUCGACAUAUUUUCAUCAUGCUUCAUUCUCGCCAGCGCGCAUAGUCAUUCUUUACCGUAAUCCACACGUCGGUUCAGCGGUCGCGGUUGCGGAGACCACCAACAAACCCAGAACACAUCCAACUACGCUCCCCUCCAGGAACCCGUCGCCGUCAACAGCGUUGCUAUUCCCUUCAUCUUGGCGUCACUCGACAUUCACUUAGGGUUGCCCCCAUACAACGACAACAACAAUCCUCCCCUAUCACUCCGCAACGAACAAUACGAUCACCAUGGCCAACGGGACUACAGCUCCUUCCACAGUUGAUCCUAUCGAUCGUCCACUGACGCCCACAUUGCCCACUCCGGUCGGCUCGAAAACUCCUCCUACAAUAACCAGCAAGCGAUUCGCGGGGCGCGACGGCAACAUGUCAGCUGUUCAACGAGCGACAGAAGCAAUGGAAGCAGAUGCUCUGAAUAGGAGAUUAAAAGAGUUCGAUCAUGCAGGAAGACAGAGAGAAAGAACACCAGGACGGAGUCCUAGUCGGAAGAGACAGCGAGUCUACGGAGAUCGAUUUAUACCCAACAGAGACGGACAAGACCUGCAGGCGAGCUACAGCUUAUUGCAUGACGAUGGAUCACCUGCGACUCCCUCACGGUCGAAGAAGAAGACUCCUCAUGGCGAGCUCCAUUUCCAACGUACCGAAGAAGCAAACAGAACAUACUCAAAAGUCCUCCGCAACGAACUGAUGGGCGACUCAGUACCUCAGGAUUUCCGAUCUAUAUCGCCGGACGAUCUCUUCGGACGAAGACAGACUCCUCCUGGCCAACCCUCCAUCUCCGCUAUGCCUCCUGCUUCAAUAACUCCCACUACUCCUCACAAGAACAUGUUCUCCUACAAGUCGCCUCAAAAAGUGAUAGGAUCUGGGCAUCCGACUCCAUCGUCAAGGACUGGGAAACAUCCGGGACUCAUCAAUCUUAACGCCAGGUCGGACCUCUACUCAAUAUCACCCAUCAACUACUCCUCGCAAUCAAUCUUGCAGACCCCGCGGAAACAGCCUCGACCCAUAGCGAAAGUACCGUACAAAGUGCUGGAUGCUCCUGAGUUGGCAGACGACUUUUACCUCAAUCUUGUCGACUGGGGAUCGGCCGACAUACUGGGGGUAGGACUGGGAUCAUGUGUCUACAUGUGGAACAGUACGACCGGCAAAGUCACACAACUAUGCAAGCUGCCAGAUAACGACCUAGUGACGUCUGUGGCAUGGAUACAACGAGGGUCACAUCUGGCCAUUGGAACACACAAAGGCUUUGUGCAAAUUUACGACGCUGAAAAGUCGAGAAGAUUAAGGACAAUGACGGGUCAUUCGGCUCGAGUGGGAGCGUUGGCUUGGAACGACCAUAUCCUGACAUCGGGCUCAAGAGAUCGCCUGAUAUAUCAUAGAGAUGUGCGAAGUCCCGAUCAAUAUUUACGGAGAUUGGCUGGUCACAAACAGGAAGUGUGCGGUCUGCGAUGGAAUACUGAAGAUGGACAGCUUGCUUCAGGCGGCAACGACAACAAGCUCUGUGUCUGGGACAAACUCUCAGAAACACCAUUAUACCGAUUCUCAAACCAUGUUGCGGCGGUGAAGGCAAUUGCUUGGAGCCCUCAUCAGCAUCAUCUGUUGGCAUCAGGUGGUGGGACAGCAGAUCGAUCGAUCAAAUUUUGGAACACUGCAAAUGGCUCCCUCAUCAAAGAGGUCGACACAGGUAGCCAGGUCUGCAAUUUGGCCUGGAGCAAGAACAGCGAUGAAAUUGUAAGCACGCAUGGCUACAGCCAGAAUCAGAUUGUGGUCUGGAAAUAUCCCAAAAUGGAGCAAGUUGUCAGUCUCACCGGACACACAUUUCGUGUCCUUUAUUUGAGCACCAGUCCGGAUGGUACCACUGUCGUGACGGGAGCCGGAGACGAAACGUUACGCUUCUGGCGGGUUUUUGGCAAGAAGGGCAACGAAGGGCGCAACAGCGAUGGGAUAUCAGGGAAACUAGGUGAUUGGGGAGCGAUCCGAUGAUAGUGUCCUUGCUGUGGGAAGACCACGCCCAGCUUACGAAACUCCUCCGACGUCCACGCUUAUGCCUGGACUUCUGGCCAAGUCUCGCAUAUGGGUUAUACACAGAAACCAACGAUCUUCACCUACAGACCGCUGCCCCUACAGCAGGAAUCAUCUAGCUGUUGCAUCGAUAUUGGGAGCCAUUUCACGUGGCGAGAAACUUCAACAGACCAACAGACUCUGUAAGCCAGAGCAGAGACACACUAGUUGAUAAGCAAGUGUUUAUGACGAAUUUAUGCCGUGAGACCUGGGUGAACGAACACUGGAGCAAACUGGAUGGGAAAUGAUGUUCGCUUGGCGGGAAUUUCAAGCGUUGGCGUCAGGUUCAUAUCGUGUGUGAAUGGGAACAUUUUGUCACAGGUCGGUGUCAGUUGAGAGCCGUGAGCGUUAGCCAGGGUGCAACUGCAGAUACAAUGGGCAGGGAAACCGUCAGAUACAGCCUAGUCGUUGAAAUCACAAUGAAUAUUGAAACACAC